AUGUGGUUGGUCCUUGUUGCAUAUCAACUUGCCACACUCCUUCUGGCCCGAGCUCAGAAUGCCUGCAUUGGACACUCCACAUUCAGAAGUCCAGCUAACUCCGACAUCCAGGUCGUCUGUGGCUCUCAGACAGUGGACCUACAGAUCCUUCUGUGCCCCAUCUAUUUCAAUGGAUACAACGAGUCUCUGCUGUCCCUCAACUCAGAACAUUCCAUUCAACUGUGUAAAGGCACAGCUGACUGGGCAGUGGACCCACCUGUUGUUAGAUUCAACUUCUCCAUCACAGAGGAGGGCAUCAGUGCCUGCUCCAGCACGCUGACAGUCACCCAGGAGUCGGGAACUGGCCUGUUUUCAGACUUCUCCCAUGUUGAGUACAUCAAUAUCGCAGGCAUGGUCUGCUCGAAGGACCCCAGUAAAGGAUCCAUUACCUAUCACCAAGAGACGAUGUACAGGUUCUCCUGCCGCUACCCUCUGCAGUACCUGGUCAACAAUACUCAAAUGAGUGUAUCUGGGGUCAGUCUGGCAGUCAAAGACAAUAAUGGGAGUUUUGUCAGCACACUGAGCAUGGGACUCUUCAUGGACAAUAGCUACUCCUCCAUGCUACAGAUCCCCUUUGGAGGCCUGGAGCUAAAGACCAGGAUCUUUGUAGAAGUAAGGGCAUCAAAUCUCAGCAACAGAUUCAACGUGCUCCUGGACCGAUGUUAUGCCACAUCCUCACCUUUCAAUGUUAAAGACACAUUCCAUGACCUAUUUGUCGGGUGUGACCUGGAUGUCCAGACUGUGAUAGGAAACAAUGGAGAGCAACAGGAUGCCCGCUUCUCCUUUGAGGCUUUCCGCUUUGUGCAAAGCACAGAAACUCUCUCCACCUAUUACGUCCACUGUGCCACCAGGCUCUGUCUAAAGUCCUUCUGCCCCAGCCUCACUCAGAACUGCACCAACUCCAGGAGGCGUCGCAGCAUCAGCAACAGCCAAGGCACCACAGUGAGUGACUCAGCCACAAUCACCUCAGGCCCCAUCACUACCCGUUUAGAUAAUGGCAAUAUGCUGGGAUCUGGAGGGACUCAGCAGACCCAUGACAAUAACACUGUGGUGGUGGUUUCAGUCAUUGCAGGCACUGUCGGGGUCAUCUGCCUCACUCUGGUGGCUUUCGUCGUUUACCAGAUGCGCAACUCCAAUGCCAUUUCAAACAAAUUAGGUCUGUGCACAAAAGAAUGACUGAGGGUCAAUACAGCUUGAAAAGGAUUCUGUCCUCUUUCAUUCAGCACGGUUUACAAUACUGUGAGAGCUUCAAUGAGUGAGAGCAAAUGUCAGAGGUCACUCAAACAACUUUUUACAUUAAUUGGUAUUUUCAUAUAUAUAAUAUAGCAUUAUUUAAAUAAGACAGGGCAACAGUACUGUUCACACAUUCAUACCCUCACAUCCCUUGCACACUGCUUUAUACAUUCUGAUGUUAGUUUAAUGGAUUUGUGGGGUGUUUUGGACUGUUAAACCAGGAUUAUGGGUAACAUUUUUAAUUGUCUAUCUACUAAAGGCUCACACAUUUUAUAAGUUUCUUUUGUUUUUAGUUAUGGUGAUUUUCUAUGGUGUUUCUUACAAUCAUUUUACAAGAUGUGAUUUUACAAACUGACUCCCACUCUACGAGCACUUUAUCAGAAACACCACUGGAUCUUUUCCUCUCACUGCUCUCUAACAGCUUCAGAGCUUGGUGUCACAGAUUCCAAAAGAUUGUAGACACUUUCCUCUGAGACUCACACAUCACUCAUCACAUUUUGCCAUGACUGCAUCACAUCAUCUCUGCAGAUUUGUCAGCUACUCAUUCCACCUGCCAAUCUCUGUUCUACCACACCACACAGGUUCCUCUGGAUUCACAUCCGGUGACUGAGGAGGACACUGAUGUUCACUGAACUCACUAUCAUGUUCAUAAACUAGUUUGAUACUAUGCAAAUCUCUCAGAAUAUGGCUCAGACUUAAACCAAAAUUGAAAAAUUUGAAUUUAAAUAAACUGCGGAUCCUGUGAUUUAGUUAGCAGCUCAGUAGGAUGCUCAUGUGCAAAGGUUAAAGGCAGAGGAUGUCGCACCGUGUUGAUGCUGCAGCAAGUGAAGGAGUUGAAGUAUCUCAGGGUCUUCUUCACAAGUGAGGGUACGUUGGCGCGUGAUAUGGACAGUUGGAUAGAUGAGGCAGGAAUGUGGUAGUUGAACCGGAUCAUUGUGGUAAAGAAGGAAGUCAAAGCUUUUGAUUUACUAGUCGACCUAACCGUCACCUGUAGUUAUAAGCCCUGGUGACCGAAAGAAAAAAGUUGCAAAUACAAGUUUUCUCCAUCGGUUUGCGGGACUCAGCCUUAGACAUUCGGUGAGAAGUUAAAAGAUCCGGAAGGAGCUCUGAGUAGACACGCAGCUCUUUCAUCUCCAAAGGGAACAGUUGAGAUGGUUCAGGCAUCUAGUUAGGGCACAUCCAACCGGGUGGAGACCCUGGGGUAGACCCAAAACGUGCUGGAGGGACUAGAUGUCCCUUCUGGCCAAGGAACACCUCUGGAUCCCAGAGGAAGAGCUGGAAAGUGUUGAUAGGGAGAGGAACAUCUGGGAUACCCUACUUGACCGGCUACCUGUGCGACAUGAGCCCAGAAAAGCGGAUGCCUUUCCAUGGAUGGAUUCCUGCUGCUGAGGAAAAUUCAGAUUCAGUUCAGCAGAAAUCCAGAUUCAUCAGACCAGGCUACAUUUUUCCUCCUCAACUGUUCGUGAGUCUGUGUCACUGCAGCCUCCUUUCUGUUCUCGCCUGACAGGAGUGAACCUGACGUGGUCUCUGCUGUUGUAGAUCAUCCAACUUAAGGUUGGACGUCAUUUUCACAUUCUUUUCAAAAAGUUUGAAUAUAAGUGAUCUGAGUUACUGUAGCACCCACCUGUCCGAACAUUCUCCAUUCUCAUCAACACAGCAUUUGUGUGUGAAAAUUAAGGAAAUCAGUAGUUUCAGAAAUAUUAAAACCAGCACGUCUGACUGUCACUGUCAAAGUCAGAGAUCACGUUUUCAUCAUUCUUAUGUUCGAUAUUAACAUUAACUGAAGCUCGUGACCUGUAUCUGCAGGAUUUUUAUACAUUGCACUACUGCCAAAUAUACUGGUGUUCCUCAAAGUGCUCAGAGUGUCUGAAUCCAUA